AUGGCCGCGUGGUGGCUGCUGGCGACUCUGUGGGUGCCGAUGGCGCCAGGCGCGCGGGGCCUGGAGGACCCUCCCUUUAUCUCAGUCCCCUGUGGCCUGACCUCCCAGAGCGAGCGCAUCAUUGGCGGGUCCCCCACGUCGCCUGGGCGCUGGCCCUGGAUGGGCAGCCUGCAGAGGCUCCGACGCCACAGUUGCGGUGCCACCCUGCUGAACCACCACUGGGUGCUCACGGCCACCCACUGCCUGUACCCCAACUCGGGCAAGUUCAGCGACAUCACCUUGCUGCGUCUGGCCUCCUCCGUGAGCUUCACAAAGUAUGUCCAGCCCGUCUGCGUCAAGAACACCUCGGCCGAGUUCAUCAACCGUGAGGACUGCUGGAUCACCGGCUGGGGGUGGAAUGUUUCCAGAACCCUCCAGGAGGCCAUGCUGUCUAUCAUGAAUCAUUCCUGGUGUGACUCCCUGUACUCCAAGCCCUCACCCCACUCCCGGGACAAUGAGUUCUGCGCCGGCACGGAGGACGGCAGCAGAGACAGCUGCAGGGGCGACUCGGGCGGCCCGCUGGUCUGUGAAGACCAAGGGCACUGGGUGCAGGUGGGCGUCGUGAGCCGCGGAGAGGGCUGUGCCAUCCCCAACCGGCCCGGCAUCUACGUGAACGUCAGCGACUAUUUCUACUGGAUCAAACAGGUGCUGGACAGUGGCCCCGGGCCCACUGCCCUGGGCCCGGCCCUGCUGCUGCCCCUACUCUGCACCGUGGCCAGCCUGCCCCUGUCCCUGCGGCCCUGAGCCCAGGCGGGACCUCCGUCUAAUAAACAAGGCUGCGUGUGUGCUGACUGAC